CCAUUCUAAUUUUCAUAGCCCUAAUCAUCUUUCCAAUUAAUUUCGAAGCUGAUUCCGAUAAAUGCUGCUGCCUCUACAAGACGUAGGAGUUUUUGCUCGCCGAUCGGAGAGGUUUGCUCCGAUUCAGAACGUGCAGUCAUCGAAGGCUUCACAAAGAUUCGAUUUCAUCACCUAACCCUAAUUGUUGCUGUCUGCGGUUUCUUGGAUUCUUGAUUUGCGAGGGCUUCUCUGUACCGAAAUUGGAUUCUACCGAUUCUCAAUCAAGAUCUGAAAUCUGAAUCCCUUGGUUCAAGGCUUUAUAUAGUUUACAUUUGUUCACAUUGCUGUGGUAUUAGAUUUGUUCAAUCUUUACCUUAGAAAUUUGCAAGUGGUAGAAAAGAAAAAAGAAAAAAAAAGAGUUUUGACACUGUACUAUUUGAUUUGUUGACUUUCAAUAGCAACAUUUUUUACUAGUUUUUUAUUUAUUUCAAAGGCCCUUUGAUUAUUUGCUUACGUCUUAAUUGAAAUAAUAAUUUACAAAUUUACAAUGGCUGUGUAUUAUAAAUUUAAGAGUGCAAAAGAUUACGAUUCAAUUCCCAUGGACGGUCCUUUCAUCUCUGUUGGCACAUUGAAACAAAAUGUUUUUGUAUCCAAGCAUUUAGGGAGGGGUACUGAUUUCGACCUACUGGUCACCAACGCCCAGACCAAUGAAGAAUAUCUUGAUGAAGAAAUGUUGAUUCCUAAAAAUACCUCAGUGUUAAUUAGACGGGUUCCAGGACAGGCACGAUUACCAAUUGUUACGGAACCACAACAAGAGGUGGAAAAUAAGGUGGUGGAAACUGAACCUGAGAACAUUAGCUUACCAGCAGAUGAUACAUCUGCCAUGAAAUAUCCUGAAAAAUUGGACUGGGAUGAAUUUGGCAAUGAUUUAUAUUCAAUUCCUGAUCAACUGCCUGUUCAAUCGAGCUACAUGAUUCUAGAGGCUCCUCCAACUAACAAUGCUGACGAAGACAGUAAGAUUAAGGCCUUGAUUGAUACUCCAGCGUUGGAUUGGCAACAUCAGGGUUCAGACUUUGGCCCUGGUAGAGGUUUUCGAAGGGGCAUGGGUGGACGGACGGGAGGUGGGCGUGGUUUUGGGUUGGAACGGAAAUCACCUCCGGAAGGAUAUGUAUGUCAUAGAUGCAAGGUGCCUGGACAUUUCAUUCAACAUUGCCCUACAAAUGGUGAUUCAACUUUUGACAUAAAAAAAGUCAGGCAACCUACUGGUAUUCCUCGAUCUAUGCUGAUGGUAAAUCCACAAGGUUCCUAUGCUUUACUAAAUGGUUCAGUAGCUGUUUUGAAGCCAAAUGAGGCUGCUUUUGAUAAAGAAAUGGAAGGGUUGUCAUCUACACGUUCAGUUGGUGAUCUACCACCUGAGCUCCACUGCCCCUUGUGCAAUAAUGUCAUGAAAAAUGCUGUAUUGACAAGCAAGUGUUGUUUUAAAAGCUUCUGUGACAAAUGUAUUAGGGACUAUAUUAUGUCCAAGUCUGCAUGCGUAUGCCAUGCAACAAAUGUUCUUGCAGAUGAUCUUUUACCAAAUAAUACGCUUAGAGAUGCCAUCAAGCGCAUAUUGGAGUCUGGCAAUGGCAGUACUGAAAAUGCUGGGAGCACUUACCAAGUUCAAGAUAUGGAGUCUUCUCGUUGUCAACAGCCCACAAUACCUUCUCCUACUUCAUCUGCUACCUCCAAGGGAGAACCAAAGGCUUUACCAGUUAAUGAAGGAAUAACAAAUAUACAGGAAAUAGCUGAUGAAAGAAAGCCUGUCUCUACACAGCAGGUAUCAGAGCAAGUGAGGAUUCCUAGAGCGGCUGAUGUAUCUGAAGCUACUCAUGAGUCUAUGAGUGUGAAGGAACUAGCCUCACAAGGGAGUGCUAAACUGGUCGAGGAAGAAGUACAGCAAAAAGUGGUUCCUACUGAUGCUGGAAGGAAAAAGAAAAAGAAAAAAGUCCGUAUGCUCACAGAUGGUAGAUCUGCUGUUUCUUCUGACAUGGCUUUCAGUAUCAAUUUACAAUGGAAAACCCCUCAUGACUUUGGCGGAGAGAAUUAUAUGAUGCCAAUGGGCCCACCACCUCCUAGUUAUAAUCCAUACUGGAAUGGCAUGCAACCUUGCAUGGAUGGAUUUAUGGCACCAUAUGCUGCUCCAAUGCAAAUGAUGAGUUAUGGCCCAGGCCCAUUUGACAUGCCAUUUGUAGGUGGUAUAUCUCAAGACCCAUUUGGCAUGCAAGGAUACACGAUGCCUGUAGUUCCACCUCAUAGGGAUUUUGCUGAGUUCGGUAUAGGGAUGAAUGUUCCACCACCUGUUAUGAAUAGAGAGGAGUUUGAUGCUCGGAAUGCUAAUCUGAGGAGGAAGCAUGAAAACGAGAGAUGGGGUGAAAGGGACUUCUCCAAAGACCAGGAAUUUGGUAGGGAGGUGAGCAGUGUGGGGGAUGUUUCUUCGCUGAAAUCAAAAACAAAAUCAAAUCCACCGUCAUCAGGUGCCUAUUCCAUUUCCCAUCAAUGUCAGCAACGGAUGGAUCAGAACCAUAGAUCAGCUGGGCACUAUUUCAACCGAAACCACGAGGAUGAGCAAUCACGUCCUCACAAAUCAAAAUCAGAGCACUAUUCCGACCGCAACCAUGAGGAUGAGCGGCACAGCCACCACAAAAACCACAGACUAGAAACCACAUACAACGAUCGCAAGCAGAAGAGCAACAUCUUUUCUCGCAUAAGCUUCUCAGCUGAGGAGGAAGCCAUUGCUAAAAAGAAAAGGAAGGCUUCUUCCGCAACGCAAUCAUCAACCACUGCCUCAAUGGUGCACGUGUCAAACGGGUACUAUGAAGUGAGAAAAAAUGACGAUGAUUGUAGCGACGACGAUGAGCGGCAUUUUAAACGGAGACGGUCAAGGUACGAGUUAGUGGAUUCAAGAGAGCGGAAGCAUAGGUGAAGAAGAUUCCGAAUAGAUUUUUAGAUUUAUUUGCUUAAACUUAUCUCAUCUCUUCCAAUACAUAAAAUUAACUCCUUGGAUGCAUCUUCCGUGACAUUUCUAUUAUUUGGUCACUAGUUUUAUGCAUCUUUAGUUCAAAUGUAUUGAUUAUAUUUUGGUUCAAAUUCAUCUCCUUUUUUA